UAAAACACACACACGCGAGGCGCAACAGGGGGAACCGGGGAGCGAAACGGAGAAGACGCUGGACGGCGGCUGAGAGCAGAGGAGACGCGCCGAAUACGAGUUCGUGACGGCGAGAAGUAGGAGCUGGGCGAUGAACCAGGAAGAAGACAGCGCCUUCACCUUCUUCUUCUCCGAAGCACGAACAGAGCUGGACGGAACCCACGAGCAGGAGGCGGCACACACAGACGACGCAAGCGGCACAGACGAAACGGAGCAACAGGGAGGGAGAAGACGCUGGGCGGCGAGCAACGGACCUGGAGAAAAAAAAAAAAAGAGCAACACAGAGCUCGCCGCUGCCGAGGGAACCAGAACGAGUGAGACAGCAAAAUCAGUGUCACCGUCUUCUUCCAUGGCAAACCGUAACAGAGCGCUGGUGGCAACGAAUUUGAUGGCAAACCGUGGUAAUUGUAUUGCUUAAUCUGAUUAUAUUUGAGGA